AUGUAUCGAAAACUAUAUUGCUCAAAAAUCCAGUCUCUAACAUAUCAUUGGAUGGGAACCGAAAUGUGUGUGGUAAAUGGAUGGCCAUCAAUUCGCUUUCAUAUCCUAAAGGGUAGAAAUGGUCAGGCAAGCGUUGGCAGUGAUAUUCGUUCAGUUGCAUUAUCAUUCUUUGAAGGUCAAGCGCUUUUCUUUUGUAUCUUGUCUUGCUAUUAG